UAUGAAUCACUCUGGUAUAGUCUUGGGAAGUGUCUUUUUCCUCUUCUUCUUCUUUUCGGCUAAAUGGGUGAUCACGCAUUCGCUUUGCAGUUGCCUGGUCCCUCUAACAUCAUAUCCUUGUCGGAGUUGUCCCAGUUCAUCAGAUCCUACUACAGCAGCCCGGCGAGCCCGGUGUAUGAUCUGCUGAAUUACAACAAUAAUAAUAACUCCUCGUCUCUGUUUCCCCUCGUUGCAGCUCAGCAAACCAUGCAGGAUGAUUUACUGAUGGACAAAAACAAAGCCCAGCCUCACCAUCAGCAAGAUCCGACGCAAGUAGACCCUCCUCCCUCCACCCCGACCCCGUCAUCGGAACCCACUUCUUCUUCAUCGGAGUCGGAGAGCCCGUCGACCGGGAGCAACCAAGCGGCUUCAGCGCUGAACAGCAGCAGCAAGGACAAAGUGCCGAUGGAGUCGCCGAUCCUGCCCGGGUUGAGCUUCCACCACCAGCCGCAGGAGACCGGCGGCCCCCUUUCCUCCCCUUCCUCCUCGUUUGGGAGCACUUGGUCCACGGGAUCCACAAACGCCGUGGACGAUAGCUUUUUCCAGGGAAUACCCUCGGUGAACGGGACGAUGCUUUUCCAGAACUUCCCCCACCACGUCAACCCGGUCUUCGGGGGUAAUUUCUCCCCGCAGAUCGGUCUGGCUCCCCAGUCCCAGCAGCAUCAACAGCAAGCCCAGCAGCAGCAGCCGCAGCAGCAGCAGCAGCAGCAGCAACAGCAACAGCAGCAGCAGCAGCAGCCACCCCAGCAGAGGAGAUCCCCUGUCAGCCCCAGUCAAGGCCCCUUCCCCCAGAGAAACGCUUAUCAGACCAUCAUGAAUAACAGCAAAGGGUCGUCGUCGUCCUCCUCUGCCCCGUCGUCCGCUUGGAAUAAUCACCAAAACGCCGCCUGGAGCACUGCCUCCAACCCCUGGAGCGGGCUGCAGGCAGGCAGGGACCCGCGCAGAGCGGUGGGCGUCGGGGUAGGGGUAGGGGUCGGGGUCGGAGUCGGCGUGCCGUCACCCCUGAACCCCAUCUCCCCCAUGAAAAAAGCCUAUACCAGCAAUGUUAUAGCACCCCCAAAAUUCCCAAGACCCGGUCCCCUCACCCCCAAGCCCUGGAUGGAGGACAGCGCCUUCAGGACUGACAACAGCAACAACAUACUGCCUUUCCAGGACCGGAAUCGGCCCUUUGAUGCUUUUAGCUUGCACUCUUUGGAGAAUUCCUUAAUGGAUAUGAUAAGGACUGACCAUGACAAAGGUAAACCACACCCUGCCGGUGGCCCCCCAAUGACUAUCGCUGAUAUUAUAUGGAGGAAUCAUUUUGCAGGACGUAUGGGCCUCAACUUUCAUCAUCCUGGAGCAGACCACAUAAUGCCAUUGAAUACCCGGAGCUAUGGCCGCAGAAGAGGUCGCUCCUGUCUUUUUCCCUUUGAGGAUGGUUUCCUCGACGACGGCCACGGUGACCCCUCCUUGACCCCAGGCCUGAACUCGCCAACCCGUUGUCAGAACGGAGAGAGGAUGGAGCGCUACUCCAGGAAGGUCUUUGUCGGAGGCCUCCCCCCUGACAUAGAUGAAGAUGAAAUCACCAACAGUUUCCGUCGCUAUGGGCACCUGGUGGUAGACUGGCCCCACAAAGCUGAGAGCAAAUCCUACUUCCCACCUAAAGGCUACGCCUUCCUGCUCUUCCAGGAAGAGACUUCUGUUCAGGCCUUGAUUGACGCCUGCAUCGAGGAGGACGGCAAGCUCUACCUGUGUGUAUCCAGCCCCACCAUCAAAGACAAACCGGUCCAGAUCCGUCCCUGGAACCUCAGCGACAGUGACUUUGUCAUGGAUGGCUCCCAGCCGCUGGACCCCCGCAAGACCAUCUUUGUAGGGGGUGUGCCGCGGCCCCUGCGUGCAGUGGAGCUGGCUAUGAUCAUGGACCGGCUGUACGGAGGUGUUUGCUACGCCGGCAUCGACACCGACCCGGAGCUCAAAUACCCGAAGGGGGCCGGCCGUGUGGCCUUCUCCAACCAGCAGAGCUACAUUGCUGCCAUCAGCGCUCGCUUCGUUCAGCUGCAGCACAAUGACAUCGACAAAAGGGUGGAGGUGAAGCCGUAUGUCCUGGACGACCAGAUGUGUGAUGAGUGCCAGGGGGCACGCUGUGGGGGGAAGUUCGCCCCCUUCUUCUGUGCCAACGUCACCUGCCUGCAGUACUACUGCGAGUACUGCUGGGCCAGCAUCCACUCGCGAGCCGGCCGAGAGUUCCACAAGCCACUGGUGAAGGAGGGGGGCGACCGCCCUCGACACGUGUCCUUCCGGUGGAGCUGAGGGGGGGGUGUCACAAGUCAGCCCUGCCCCUCCGGUGAACCCACAACCGACCCCCUAAAAACCUCCUGCACCCCUACUACCCUACAGGCCGGGACAGAGCUGCAACCGCCCCUCCCCCACAGCACCCGCCUACUCCACCCUGCUCCCCACAAACACCUCAUGAAAAAAAAGCAAAAAGGAUACCGUCAAAUACAUGGGACUGUCUUCAUACCACACGGCUCUGAACUCAUUGUCUAGUGUUCCCCUCUGAUGAAGCAUUGUGGGGAAAUGAAAUGCGAAAAGUCUUUCAGCUUAGAAUUUGCACUUUGGCACAAAAUCUCAUUAAACACACACACAAACACACACACACACACACACACACACACACACACACACACACACACACACACACACACACACACACACAUACACACACACAGGAGGGUAUGUUAGACACCUGGCUACUUUCAGUUCCCCGUUCUGUUGACUGGGUGGUGUGGUACGUCCUGUUGGACCCCGCCGUACUGAGACAGAGGUGGGACCAUACAAAUAUUUAAAAAGUAUAUAUUUUUUGUUUUGUACCUAUCUAUACAUAUAUAGAUAAUUUAAAUUUUAUGUAAAAGGAGCAUGCACUUAUUUUCAGAAGCUGUAGUUAUAUUGCCCCUAGUAAAAAAACAAUCAUUACCAAAGGCAAAUGAAAUUAAUGCAUACAGAAAAGCUAAAUAGGUGGCAUAAGAUGUAGCAAGAUUUAACGACUAUCCAGUAGUGUGGGCCCGUAUCGCCCAGAGAAAAAAUAACACGGCUAUAUUCACUCUCAAUUUUGACUCUGAAAAUAUUAAUACCUCAUAUGCGCAAUCGGAUUAGUUUGCUUUCGAUUUCUAGGUCUUUAUUUUUAUAAUAACAUUAUUUUUUAGUGUUAUGUAAAUGUAAUGCUGCAAUAGCUUUGCUGCUAAAUCCAUGGUAUAAACGGAUACCAUAAGUACUUUUUUCAGGCUAGGGUGUAAAAUAAUAAAUAACAGAUCUAGAGAAAUGACGAGCUAUCAUAGGGGGAGGGGGCGCCCCUAGACAACGAUGGCUACCUUUGUGGGGGUCGGGGUGGGUCGCCCCUAACUGCAUGUUUAUUUCAAUCAGGUUGCUGCAUGCAAUAGACUUUUCAGUAUCAUGUCUACUAUUCGAUUCUGCCCAUGUUUGCACAACACACUAUAGACGUACGUACGUUCGACUCGCACGAAACUGGACAGAAACAGGGAAGACUGGUCAAAGGAAUCAUGGCGGCUCCGUGGCGCUGGUCGGGCUGACAGGCCACGCCACAGGGCGGCCAGAGCAGAACACACCCAGACGACAGGGAAAAAAAAAAAAAACCUUAAUAAUCACAAAUCAAAUUAAAUGUAGGAUUACCAUUUAAAACUGUCUAUGAUAGGUGAAGUACUUUUUUGCAGUGAUUGUUGAUAUAAUUGUGCAAUUUUUUAUACCGUAUGUAGUUAGGUCUGAGUAUGCCUAGAACUGUGAUUCGCUUUAACUGUCGUUAAUGUCCGACAUAGAAGUCCUGUGAAACUUCAUAACUAGUGUAUGCACACGUAUAUACGUAUGUUCUCUUGUACACAGACUUGCACCAGUACACACAGAAGCCUCUCGACACACACACACACACACACACACACACACACACACACACACACACACACACACACACACACACAGACGGCUGUCUUUCUUACGCACACAAACAGGCCUAGAAACACAGAGUCUGACCUGAAGAGAAGACACAAAAACAA